UUGCAAAUCAGUCAGUUGAAACGAUCACAUUGAAAAUGUUAAAGAUUCAUUUGAAAUUUUCUUAUAUUCUCAAAUUUUUAAUUCUUGUAACUUUUGUACCAAAAGUGUUUUGUAGUUCGUGCGAAGAAGAUGCUUUUGGGGUAACUUGCAACACUAUUGCUGAUCUUCUGCAAUUCCCACGACCAGCUGAACAGAGAAUAGUUAAUGUACGGGGUUUGGAUGAUUCUGUGAUUGAGGAUUUUAUUUGUGACGAGCCAAAAUUUAGGAAUUUCUCAUCUGUAACGAAACUAUGGCUCAGCAAUGUUCGUCUUCGUCGUAUUACGGAUAAAUGUUUGAAGGGAUUGGAUAAAAUUGAGCAAAUUGACCUUGGAGUAAAUAGUUUAACAGCCAUUAAUAUGUCUGUUUUUAGGGCAUCCCCAGCAAUGAAAAUUCAGCAUAUUUUUAUGCGAAAUAAUCGAAUUUUGGAGAUUGAUUUUGCAAAUGAGCAAUUUGAGGCCCUUGAGGGGCUCUACCUCACCAACAAUGGCUUAAGAACAAUUCAGAUUACCAGCAAAAUCUUGCCGAAAGUUAAUCAUUUAGUUAUUGAUGUAAAUUUGAUUUCAUCAUUUAAAAUUGAAAGUCAAACACUCUAUAGUUUAGACAUGAGUUACAAUCGAAUUCAAUCCUUUCAAGGAUCAGAUCUUGUUGCUCCUGCUUUGAUGGUUUUCUUCCUUCAAAAUAAUCUUUUAACCACACUUUCACCCGAAAUGCUGAUCAAUCUGCCAAUUCUUCACGUUACCUAUCUUUCUGAGAAUUCUCUAACUAAAGUCUCCUUCCCGAAAUUAAAACAUCUCAAUUGGUUAGAUUUGGAAAGGAAUGCAAUUAAAAGCUUAAAUGAUGUCAAUGUCACAGCAGUUGAACAAAUAAGCAAUUUAAAUCUCAAUUCAAAUGAUAUUCGCCAAUUAAAUGAUGAUGGAUUUAUUUUUAGAAAUCUAACACAAUUUUCUUGCGAUUUCUGUUCAAUUCAAAGCAUUGAUCCACAUUUUUUUGCCAACAAUAUGAGACAUUUAAAUCGACUCUCUCUAGCUUCGAACAAUUUAACAAGCUCUGAUAUCUUCAAAGGUGAGAAGACCUUUGAAUUAACUAACAUUGACUUGUCCAACAAUGAUAUUAGAGCUAUUGGAGGAGGAGACUUUGACCGAUUAACUAAACUAACCCACAUCUUAUUGGAUAACAAUAAAAUCUCCGAAAUUGAUGAAGGAGCUUUCAAUGCAACCAAUGAAAUUCAAUUUGUGAGUCUCAUCAAUAAUACUCUCUUCCAAUUACCUGAGAAUCUCUUUGAAGCAACACCACUACUCAGAACACUACAACUUAGUGGAAACUACUUAUCCUACCUCCCACUUCAUGAAUCUAACAGCAAAACUUUUAGUAAAUUAGAAGAGUUUCUUAUCGAUAGGAAUCCUCUUCAGUGCAAAUGUGUGGAAUUAAUUAAAUCCUGGACAGAAAGGAAUAACAUCUCAUUGACGAUUAAUAAUGAAAACAUGACAAAUGGAAACCAUUCUAUAUGCAUUAAUAACGAGCAAGGAUGCCAAAAGGACGUUGGAAGAGAAUUUGUCUAUGGAAAUAUCCUAAAAAAUGAAGAAGAUAAAAAUGAUUAAUGAGUGAUUAAUUAAAAAUUAUUUCAAGAUUUUUUAAUCCAGAAAAGAAAAAGAUUUAUCAAUAAAAUUAUAGAGUAAAGAACACUUCAGAUUAAUUCACAAUGAAAAAGCAAAGUCCGGAGCGAAGAAUUUUAUUGGAAAUGCUGUUGAUUCAAUAUUUUUCUUUGAUUAAAAGUUGGUAUAAGUA